UCCCCCAUUAUCUGACUCAAUGAUCUGACCGCCCUUACGCGUUACGUCCAAUCAAGCAUUUAUUGUCCCUUGUUUAUUAAGAGGUCUCUAAGCAGUACUUUGUAUUCAGUCAGUGUGUAUGACGUCAUGAUGGAGAAGCGGCCGCCCCUCACAUCUCCGGAUGGAUCCAGUAAGAGAAAUCCCCCAGAGAGAUGUCCCCGUCCUCUGAAUUCCCGGGACUCCACACAGGAGGACUACAGCAUCUCGGAGGAUGAUCAGGUAGAUGAAGCUAAAGAUUUCAGUGAGAACAAGAGUCAUGAAGAUUCCGUUAUCUCUGAGGAUUUCGAGAAAGAAGAUUUAACUGUUAUUAAAGUUGAAGAUCUUUAUGAUGACGAGAUAAAGGAUGAUGAGACAUGUGCGGUGGAAGGAAUCCCUCCAGAGAUCAGCACAGAUCGAAGAUACAAGAGGUGCAAAAAGAAGAAACUUCCUUUUAUCGCUCCAGACGGUAAAAUAAAAGAUUAUGCCAUGGCAGCAGAUUACACUUUGGUGAACCCUACUUCCCGGAAUCUUCAUCAGGAAUGGCACAGUGCCAUUGAGCCCUUUCCACCAUAUACGUAUGAAGGGAGGCUCACCACCCCUCUUACCCAUCGUGUACCUGAAGGAGAAGAUCAGGCAUUCCUGUGUUCGGAGUGCGGGAAAUGCUUCAGUAAACAGUCGAGCCUCGACAGACACAGGCAACUCAUGCACACUUGGGAGAAGCCUUACUCCUGUUCCGAAUGCGGCAAACGCUUCGGCCAUAAAAUAUCUCUUGUCCGACAUCAGAGGAUUCACAACAACGAAAAUACUUUUUCCUGCCCGUUGUGCGGGAGGUGCUUUGCCCAAAAAUCGCACCUCGUGGAACACGAAAGGCAGCACACGGGGGAGAAGCCCUACGUAUGUACGGAGUGCGGGAAGCGCUUUGCCGUGAAGAGGGCUCUGGUCAGCCACGAGUCGACCCACGCGGGCCAGAAGCAGUUCUGCUGUCCAGAGUGCGGGAAGUGUUUCAGCCGGAGAGCUUAUCUUUUUAGCCAUCAGCGGGUUCACCUAAGGCCUAAAAUGGUUUGACGUUUUGUACAAGGGUCGUGACUUUAAAAGUAAGACUCGUAGAAGAUAUAUAAAGAUACCCUUUAUUUAUU